AUGAGUCUUCAAUACCAACACCCUUAUUUAUCAUUUAUGGCAUUAGAACCUUCAAUUAAAAAGAAAAUGCCAUUAACACAGAUUGUGGCUAUUCAUGAUGAUUUGAUUAGUAGAUCAACAAUUCGUGGAACAUUACUUCUCAGGAAUGUAAAUAUUUGUGAAUGUUCUAUCCAUGUAAGAGAAUCUAAAAUGCCAGGUUUUUGUUUUAAAAUUGAAGCACUUAAAAAAACACUUUGUUAUAAACAUGGACUUAAUGGAGAAACAUUGUCUAAACAUAAUGACUUAUUCCUUGUCUUUAGAAAUGAAAAUGUUAUUAAAGGUAAAGAAUGGUUUACUCAAAUAGAAAAUGCUAUUUCUUUAGCUAUAACAAAAUAUAAGACUCAACCAACUAGUACUGUUAGAGAACAAUUUGAUUCUUCUUCAAAAAUUAAACCAAGUUUACCUCCUAAAACAUUUGAGAUGACUAAGUCAACUUCCUAUAUAAACGUACACUCAUACAAUGAAGAAGACAUUAAAAAAGUUAAACCAUUAUCUCCAUCAAAUAGUUUAUCACAAAUAAAUACAUUAAAGACAAAACAAAUAGAACAAAUUCAACAUGUUCAUGAAAUAAAAGAAACAAAAAAACAAAAAAAAGAAGAAACACUCAAAGAAGAAAAAGGUGUUAUUAAUAGUUCUCUUCAACAAUCAUUAUCUCAUUAUGUGUUAGCACAAAAUGAUUUAAAAGAAUUUUUUGAUGCUACUGAAGAAGGUAAGUCAAUUAUUUGGGAAUUAUUGAAACAAGUUAGACCAGGAAUGGACUUGAGUAGAAUAACUUUUCCAUCACAUAUUCUUGAACCACGUUCAUUCUUAGUUAAAACAACUGACUAUUUUGCUCAUAUUCAAUAUUUCAAACCAAUAAGUGAAGAACCAGAUCCUGGACUAAGAAUGCUUGGUUUAGUUAAAUGGUUGUUAAGUGGUUUUUAUUUAAUGCCUACUGGAAUUAAAAAACCUUAUAACCCAAUUCUUGGAGAGACAUUUAGAACUAUGUGGAAACAUGAAGAUGGAAGUAGAUCUUAUUUACUUGGAGAACAAGUCAGUCACCAUCCUCCAGUAUCUGCAUUUUAUGCAACAAAUAGACAACAAGGAUGGAUGGGAAAUGGAUAUAUUGAGUUCUCAACUAAAUUUAAUGGACUGAGUGCUUCAAUUAUUCUUGGAGGUAAAAUUGAUAUUUAUUUAUUAAAUUUUAAUGAACAUUAUACUAUGACAUUCCCUGAGGCACUUGCUAGUGGAUUUUUUGUUGGUCCAAUGUUAAUGGAAAUUGCAGGUAAAUCUGUAUUUGAAUGUAAAGAAUCUGGGUAUAAAGCUGAAGUAGUUUUUAAUCUUCGAGGUACAUUCUCAUCUGAUAAGUAUCAAACAGUAGAUGCUAAGAUAACUAAAAAUGGGGAGGAAGUUUAUAAAAUAUGGGGAAAUUAUUAUAAAGAACUAUUUUAUUGUGGUAAAGACAAAGUAAAGAAAAGUUUAUUAAAGAUUGAUGACAUUAAGGGAAAGAGUGUACCAAGAUAUACCAUUGAUAUGAAUCAACAAGGUAAAAUGGAAAGUGAUAAAUUAUGGAUCAAAGUUACUAACGCUAUUUAUAAAGGAGACCAAAUAACUGCUACUGAUGAAAAAUGUAUCCUUGAAGAAGCUCAAAGAGAAGAAGUUAGAAAACAUGAGGCAGAAGGAACAGUUCAUAUUCCAAAAUAUUUUGUUAAAGAUUCAUUUCUUGGAUGGAAGUAUGUUGAUUUCAAUAAUUCAAAGCUCAAUCCUGACAAAGAACUUGGAGAUUAUGAAGAUGAAUAUCAUAUUAAAACAUUGUUAAAAGAACAAAAUGAAUGUAUUGAUGAUGGAAAACAAGUAAAAGAAGAGCUUCUUACUUCUUCUAUUGAAAGUAAUAAUAGUGAGACAUUAAAGACUGAUCGUCAGAGUAGUAUGAUUACCCAAAAUUCUGGUGACGAAAAAUGUAAGAAAGUAGAUGAACUUAAAGAAGAGAUUAACCAAGUAGAGGCAAGAAUCAAGAAUAUCACUUUCACCCAAAAUCAAAAAACUAUAGAUAUGAUAAAACAAUUAAAGAAGUUUAUUGUUAUAUUAUUAUCAAUAAACGUCGUUUUAAUAGCAUUGGUAAUAAAGUUACUGUUAAAGUAA